AUGGAGCUUGUUGAUCGUUUACCAGUAAUUGUUUCUUUUAAAAAUUCUGAAAAGUUGUUAAGUGUUCCUAAGCUCAUAUCCGGAACUGGUCAAAAUCAAGCGGAAGCAGUGUUUAAAGCACUUGAAGAAUGGGGCCUUAUCGAUAAUAUACAAGCUUUAUGUUGCGAUACAACAUCUUCAAAUACAGGUCGUCUAAAAGGAGCAUGUAUAAUCUUGGAACAGCUAUUAGAACGUGAUAUUUUAUACUUUCCUUGCAGGCAUCACAUUUACGAAAUUAUACUUAGAUCUGCAUUUGAAGUAAACUUUGGAGUUACAUUUGGCCCAGAUAUUCAAAUUUUCAAACGUUUUCAACAAUUUUGGCCAAAACUUAAUGUAAAUAAUUAG